CAUCCUGUCAGGGAUUGCGAAGGGGGAAAAGCUUUCCUCUAGAGCCUCCUUUUCCUCAGGCUGAGACCCUUUCCUAGCUCCUUCCUGGUGCUCCAGCCCCUUCCUGGCUCCAUUCCCACCUCUGGACACGGUCCAACUCCUCUUCUUUCCACUCUGGAUGAAGAGCUGGACGCAGGAUUUGAGCUGUGACCUCCGCAAUGCUGGCCCUGUGGCAGCAGCUGAGUGACAUCCCAGUGGGAUCCCAGCGGGGUGACAAUUCCCAGCGGCGCUGCUUCCACCCCGAGGCCCCCUCCUGUGAAACCCCCGUGCCGUUUCCCCCAUUUCCCAAGGCUCAGCCCGUUCUCCCCGGCACUCGCGGGACGCCCCGGCCGCUGCCGGCCCCUCCCCGCGCAGCCGGGCGGGCCCCGCCGGGGCGGAGCCGCCGGGAGGAUGCGGGAGGGGACCCGGGGCCACGGGGCGGGGGCGGGGGCAGCGCCCGGCCGGGAUUCACCGCCGCGGUCGCUCCCGGCCCCGGGGGCGCUUCCUUCCUCCGCCGGGGCCGCUAUAAAGGGGGCGGCCGGGAGGAGCGGCCCAUGCUCAGCUCGGGGCGCCGCCGGCCGCCCCCUCCGCGGGCCAUGCGGCCUCUGCUGCCGCUGCUGCUGCUCGGGACGGUGGCUCUGGCACAGCCGCGGGACCUGUCACCCGCGGGCACGCAGUGCCUGGUGGACGAGUGUUUCGCCGUGUUCUGGGCGUCCCGGUCCUUCUCCGACGCCAGCGAGGUCUGCGAGCGGGGCGGGGGACACCUCAUGACCGUGCGCUCCACCGUGGCCGAGGAGGCGAUCGCGCUGCUGCUUCAGAACCGCGAGGGGCGGCUCUGGCUCGGGCUGUCGCUGUCGCCCUUCUUGUCCUGCACCGACCCCAGCCGGCUUCUCCGCGGUUUCCGCUGGGUCACCGGCGACCAGCGCACCGAUUACACCCACUGGGCACUGUCGGGGCAGCGCUGCGGCGAGCGCUGCGUGACCGUGUCCCGGGCGCUGAGCUGGGAGGAGCGGCGCUGCGAGGAGCCUGCAGACGGCUUCCUCUGCCAGUACACCUACGGAGACAGCUGUCCUAACCUGGCCACCCAGCCCGUCCUCCCUAUCACCUACACCACCCCCUUCGGCGCCCGCGGAGCGGACUUCCAGUCGCUGCCUCCGCGCAGCGUGGCGUUCGUCCCUGACCUCGGGCUGGAGCUGCGCUGCGAGGAUGGGGACGACGAGGGGCCGCGCUGGGGCCGCGACACCCCGGGAGCGUGGCCCUGCGAGGUGGACGGCGGUGGCUGCGCGGGGACGUGCGCGGUGGAGCGCGGGCGGCCGCGCUGCUCCUGCCCCGAGGGCACGGUGCUGGCCCCGGACGGGCGCGGGUGCCGCUCGCCCUGUGAGGGGGCGCAGUGCCAGCAUCACUGCGUGGUGGCCGACGGCUCCUUCUUGUGCAUGUGCGCCGAAGGGUACCGGCUGGCGACCGAUGGCAUCAGCUGCGAGGACAUCGACGACUGCACCAGCGAGCCCGGCCCGUGCGAGCAGAAGUGCGUGAACACCAAGGGUGGCUUCGAGUGCCAGUGUCACAGCGGCUACAGGAUGGUGAACGGGCACUGCCAGCGCCUGCCGCCCUGCUGGGAGGCGCCGUGCCAGCAGCGCUGCGAGGAGCUGCCCGACGGCUACCGCUGCGGCUGCCACCCCGGCUACGCCGUGGACCCGUGGGAUGCCACCCUCUGCCGCCUGCACUGCAACGCCACCGAGUGCCCUGCCGUGUGCGACGCCGAAGGGGCCUGCGAGUGCCCCGAGGGCUUCCUGCUGGACGGCGACGAUCUGUGCGUGGACGUGGAUGAGUGCGACAGUGGUCACUGCGAGUUCAACUGCACCAACACCCCCGGCGGAUACCAGUGCCACUGUCCCCCCGGCUACUACCUCCGCGGCCUCGACUGCAUCCUGGACGGCGAUGGCGAGGAAGCGUCCUCGGGGGAUUUGGAGCCCGAACCGCACGAGCCGGUCCCCAGCCGGCCCCCGCCGAAAGCGGAGCACCUGCACCCCGGGGUGCUGGCGGGCAUCGCGGUGAGUGCCCUUCUGAGCCUCCUGGCCCUGCUGGCUCUGGGAUUCUACCUGGCCAGGAAGCGCUGUCGUUCCCACGGCUCUGUGGAUUACAAGUACAGCGGCCCCCAUGAGAAGGAGCUGGGGCUUCAGCCCGUCCCCUCGGCACAGAAGCCGUAGGGACAUCCGUCGGACGGACAUUGGGAGGCCAAAGUGGGUGACAUUUAUCCGCCGCUAACCACCCCCCACUACCACCCCCCCUCCCCCGCCCCUUCCCCGCUGCCCGGCUGGAAUUUUUGAAUGAUAAUUGGGGAAAAGCUGUGAUCGCACCACUCCCAGAAAUACUCGCUGCUUCCCAGCCGGCUCUUGGAAUGCUAGUGCCGGAGAGCGGGAACAGCAGGACACCCAGAGGCUGCUCCGUUCCCCCUUCUUUGGCAUUCAGCUUUCCUUUUCCCGAGUGAGCAGUCGGGAAAACCGCAAGGAAAAACCCAGGAGAGACGACUCCGUGUGUAAGUGACUCUAAAUCCGUGGGAUGAGAGCACGGUGUGACCAAGACGGGGACUUUGGAAGGACACCUUGACCCAAAUCCGCCUCCCUCGGGCUGGAUGGUUUUCCCGGACUGGAAGGCUCCUGCUUUUCUUUGGGGUGGGGUUUGUUUGUUUUAAGCUGAGGGAAUGAGGAGCAAAGAUGUUGUGGGAAGCACUUGUCACCUUAAGCCACAGGUGAGAGCAGGCUCGAUGUCACCAAGGGGGGAUUCAACUUAUUCCCAUUCCGUCUCCUUAUUUUUUGCGGGGUGUGGAGGUUAAACAGGGACACGAAGGCUGCCGGGAUGGGUUUUGUAGGAAAGGUUUGCAGUGCUGCAGAACCACAUCCAGUUCCUUCCAUGACUUUCCACUGUUGUUGCCUUAAAUUGUUGGAUUUGGGAUAUUUUUACGACCCCUCCCACCCAAAGAGAUUUUCCCUGUUCCCUCGUGCAGGGUUGACUCUAUCCCAAAGUAAAACAUUCCCAGGGGGCGGGAUCCAGCGCGCCGCUCAUUCCCAGCCACGGACCGUGUGGGAGUUCUGAGAAGAAUCUAGUUUUCCAGCUCCAUCCUUCCCUGGGGAGCCAAAGGGGGUCCUCUUCGGGCUGCCGUUGGAUCGGGAGCGUCAGAGCACGUGCUGGCAGCUUUAUGCUGGUGAAAUAUUAUCCCGGAGUGGUGGAAGUUUUGGAAGCCUGGGAUCAGAACUGGGGGGUUCUGUUCCCCAGCAUUCUCCCCUCCCACCCUAUGAACUUCCCAGCACGCAUCUCCCCUGGAAUGCUAAACCUCCGCUGCAAAUUCCCAGGAAAAUCAAAAUGAGGCAUUUAUGGGAAUUGUGGUUUUCCUAAAAGGUCGUUAUCCUGAAGGCUGGAUAACUGAGGGUCCUGUCCAUGGAUCUCUUGGAAUGGAUUAAAGUGAAACCACAUGGAGUGAGGGCUGUAAAUCUGUGGAUGUGCCAGGUUUAUUUUAGGACAAUUUGGCUGCAGUGGGAAGGAGGGAGCUGUUGUGAUUAUCCAUAAUUAUCCGUGAUUAUCCAGAAAGAGAUAUCAAAAUAUAAAGGUGUCACUUUGGAAAAUAUCCAAGGAAAAGGAAGGGAAAGAAAGGAUAAGGUUUGGGAGUGGAAAGACUUUGCUGAGGCAUCAUUUCACCUGCAGAAUCUGCUUCCCAUGGAUCUUUCCUUGUUAUCCAGCUCAAACCCCUGCUCAUUCCUGGAUGGAUCCGAGGUUUUGCCACCACAUCCCCAAAACCUCCUCCUUCCCCCUGAUCUCAAAUUCCCACUUCGGAGUUUUAUCUUAUCACAAAUUCCUUCCUUACUGUGUGUCAGAAAACUGAAUUCUUGGCACUCCCUGUUUUAGCCUCUCCCAGCCCCACCUGCUCCUCCCGGGCCCUUUUGUAAAUCCUUAUUUAUUUAUUGGAAUUUUACUCUGUGUGAGGGAUUGUCUCAUGGAGAUCCUGUGUGGACACCAAUAAAGUUUUGCCAAUCUGGUUUA